AUCUUGUUUGCUUUGUGCUGCUGUGUAGGCGUCGUGUAGUUGAGGACAUCCUCCUGUUGAAGACAUGGAUGACCUGUUCAUCUUCGUGCCUUAGAGCAUGCCUUGGGAUAUACAGCUGUCAUCCAUUAAGCUCAGAUAAUCCAGUCAAUGCAGCUCCACUGACUCCAGUGGGCAAACAUGCCGGCAUUCCCUGUAUACAGUAUUCCUGGUAUACUUUCAUGUCCAGCUCUCUCUGAAGCAAUGCAGUGGCAGUGUGGUACUGCUGAUUGGAGCAGGGCAGACAGACUUCAUCUGUGAACACGUGCGAGGAUGGAUUUACAGCGAGAGUCCCGGGGAGGCGGUUCAGUUGCCAGCACCGCACAUUGAAGCAGAGGGAGUCAGUGCCAUGAUGCAACAGCCUUGGCUCAAUCACAGCAUCUGCAAAGCCAGCACUUCUCUUAGAUCCACGCAGUGUGUUGUUGCUAUGGUAACAUCUCAUCAUUUCAGAUGCUCAUCAGAAGGCAACAUGAACUGCUUGAUUUCUCCAGCACGCGUUCUGAAGAGCUUAAGCACCUGUAGGAUCUUUUGGAUAAAGUAUGCAUCACCUGAGCUGUGUGAAGCCUGGAAUGUGAGAGCAGCCCAAAGGAAUUGCUGUCUGAAAUUCGACACCGUUGAGCCAAAAUCUAAAAGACUCUGUGAGCUGCCAGCACUGCAGCAUAAAGCCCUGCUUGUAUGUGUAAGAUACAAAAGCAGCAAAAGCUCAAAGAAGGCUAGAAGACGGAUGUUACACGAGGAGUCGGAUGAAGAAGAGGAUGAUCCCGAGAAAAGUGACUAUGAGGACGAAUCAGAGGAGGAAGAUGAUGACAUCCAGCCGAAAGCUUACAAAGACCUUGAGAAAGUAGUAUCAUCUUUCAGAUUCGACCUCAUCAUGAAAGCUGGUCUGGAUAUAGCGAGGAACAAGGUGGAAGAUUCCUUUUAUAGCAACAAACUGCGACUGAAUGGAGAGAAGUUACUGAAGAAAAGUAAAGUGAAAAUUCCGAAUGCUAGCCACCCGCUGUGCAAGAAAAGGAUAUUUCAGGGCAUACACUUUCGUCCUUUUGUCAACAUAAAUUUGUGAGCUUCACCCCCAGCUCUAUUUCUCUCUUAUAAUAUUAUUUUUAACACUGUUUUGUCAUACAUGAAGAUUCCUAUCAGGUUGCUCCAUAAUCUCCAUACUCUUGUGAAAACCAACCCUAUUCUCUUGCACCUCUCUUUGUAACUCUGACCCCUGGUGAUGAACCACAGUGAUCUUUAACAUGAUAAAACGAUCGGGUAUUGGUAGCGGUCAGGUGAGUUGGGCUUCUACUGCACUUAACAUCUGACCUAGCCCCACCAUGCAGUAUUACUGCAAUUUACACAUUAUCAACCUCUAGAAAAAUUUUUGACCAACAGCAGACAGCCACAGUGCAUUGGCAGCUAUUUCAAUACAUUUCUAUUAAGUUGAUGAAUGCCUGGACUAAACUAACAGGAAAAUGUUGUAGGAGUUUUCAGCUGCAGUCAUUUCUCGACCAUUCGAUACUGUGUUGUCUGUCAGUGAUGCAAUUGUCAACUCCUGCCUGCUGAUACUGUCUGCUAGUCGGAACACGGUCAAGAGCGGCAGGGGCAGUUUCUCCCAGGGAGCUUGUCUCCUGUGCUCUAGGCCAGAAGCCAGCCUUCUGUCAGUCAGCCAGCAGCUCUCCAAGGCACUGUGCUGUGUGGGGAAGCCUGGAUGCCUGACAUUCUAGGCUACAGUGCACUGAAGUGUCUGUGCCCUAGUUCAGCAUUUUACAGGCACUUAUUGUACUGAUAAAAGCAAGUGUACUAUGUGCCAUAAUUAUUAACUUUUUUUGUUAACUGCAGGGCUUCUAUUGAAGUCAAGUGAAUUCAGUUCUUCAGUUGAAAGCAUUCCUCGGGCUCUAAUUAGAAUGAUCUAAUUCUGCUAGUAUAGCAAGGAUUUGAAUUUCCAUCUCAAACUCCCCCGGGAAACCUAGCUAAUCCUUCCGAGACCACAGUGCAACUGUGCUCCGGUUAGUCUCUCCUGAUUUACUCGAUGUUUCAGGCACUGUUUAAUUUCCCCUUGGUUCAUAUUGUUAAAUACCAGAUAGCAGGCACUGACUGCAGGGCAGCACUCUAACAUGUGACAUGGAGGCAGUGUCAUAUUCUUCAGCAGUACUGAGUCAGUAAUCUCAUGGUGGGCUUCAAGUAACUAAACAAAUGAGGAUAAAUCUUGUAAGGUUUUAGUACCUUUCCUGGAACUCUGAUGUUACAGCAUUGAAAUUACUUUGGUAUCAUUCAAAAUGUGUACCCAUUCCUUCCCCCAUCAUGUUUGGUGGCUUUCAGUUCUGUCACAAUUGUAACUACAUUUAAGCAAGUUUCUUGCACUGCAUCUUGUGCAAGAUUCUUCCCAGCAAAGCAUUUAAACUCAUUUAGUUGCCUGCAGAAACUCAUCAACAAGACCGCACCUGAAGACUAUACAGUGGUCCUUGACAUUCUGGGAGUUAGAGACCAUGUGAGGAGCAGUUUCACCUGACAAUGGGUCAGAAAGUGAACCAGAUCUCUGCUGCUGUAGGAUUCUGUCAUGUUUUCAACCCGAGACAGAAAUUCCAGGCAGGGUUCCAUGCACUUUAAGAAUAUUUGACUCUUUUCUUCAGCCAUUUGCAAAUGAGAAAUUCCAAAAAACUGCUUUAUGGAACAGGAAUCAAAAUGUCUGUUUCUACCCUCUACUGUACCUUUGAAAUAACACUUUAAAAAAUCUUAAUAAGUCCUGUAAUUCACCCAAGUGUAGAUUUCAGUAAUAAAGAGCAAUUGCACCUUGUUGCCAUAAAGUGCCAGGCAUAAUUCAUUGUGCCGUGAACCUAAUAAGAUGUCAUGUCCUCUGACCAAAGAUUGUGGAGCAAACAUGAGUAAAUGGGUCUCAGAUACAGGUUAAAUGCGAUCUGAUAGAAUCAGCUUGGAGGGCUGAAUGGUAUUCUUCUGUAACCUAGGAAUGAUCUGCGAGAUGUAAACGUCUAAUGUGCCUCUGGCAAACUCCAGACACCAUGCUUUGUUUCUUCGUGAAGCCUUUAUUUUUAAAACAACAGAAAGCUAAUCAAUCUGGAGCCUAAAGAUAACCAGUACUUCCAACUGUUCCCAACAGAUUUUUCAGUCUUCGCUAUUAAGAGCAGUAACUUUAAAAAAGCUGCAGAACUUUUGUGAUCAGUGAUAUAUUUUGCAUAAUUAUGGGCUGCAUUUUCUUGAUACAGUGGAGUUGGUUGUAUAGUGAGAUACUACGUAUUAGCUAAUUAUUAUUACAACUGCAAACAGUGCAGUGCUAACGAAGUGUAACAUACAGUAGUGAACACAGUAUCAAGGUAUUAUGGUUCCUUAC